AUGGGACUAUUAAACACAUUUCCUUAUAUAGAACAUGGUUGGAUGGUAAAUGAACCUGACUGUAUAUCAGCCUGUAUUCAACAAACAUCGCCAUUAUGUCACGGUAUUACAUAUGAAAGUUAUCGUCAAGAAUGUCGACUUAUAACACAAUUCUUUCCAAACUCAACUAUUCCAAAUCAAUCUUUUCUGAAUUGGCGAACAUAUAUUCGAACAAUUGACUCAUGA